CUAAUAAGAAACUGUUUUCUCUCUUUUAAAAAACAUAACAGCAUCACAUGGACCCAUCCAGUAACUUUUGUAAUUAUCGAACCGCCCUUCAAGGAGCAGCACAGAGAUCCCAGACAGCACACAGCAGCCGGGAGAAAAUAGUCAUCCCUGUUUUCAACCUUUUCAUUAAAGAUAUCUACUUCUUGCACAAAAUACACACCAACCAUUUACCCAAUGGGCAGAUUAACUUCAAGAAAUUCUGGGAAAUUUCAAGGCAAAUCCAUGACUUUGUCACGUGGAAGCAGGUUGAGUGUCCUUUUGAGAAGGACAGGAAAAUUCAGAGUUAUCUGCUCACAGCACCUAUUUAUAGUGAAGAAGCUUUGUUUAUUGCAUCUUUUGAAAGUGAAGGCCCCGAAAAUCAUAUGGAGAAAGACAGCUGGAAGACACUGAGGACAACUCUCCUCAACAGAGCCUGACAUUUUGAACUUUUGCUCCAGAUUCUAAAGCACACACUAAGAACAUUGUUUUGAAAUCAUGAAUGACAUGGUUUGAGAAGAAGAAGAAAGGCCUCACUGGUUGAGGUCUGUUUUGUAUAUACAAUCCCUUUUAUGAAUUACAAGAGAAAAAAUGUGCAAAAUAUUCCACAUGAACCUUAAGGCACUUAAAAUGAAGGAUAUUGUUUUAUAUAUAUAUAAAAACUAUAAGAAAUCAAGGGCAGGGCCCUGUUCUCAGAGAUGAAAUGGACAGUUGGGGGGGUGGUCUCAUGCUAAUGUCUUAUUCUAAUGACAUCCAGAUCUUUAUUUUAAUGUUUGAUUACUUCCGCCUAAUACAUGAACAUUCUCAGAUGGACUCAACACACAAACUGGUUCAGUGCUCCACUAUGCCUUGAGCCACUCAGCACUUCGUGAAUAUGAAUUCCAUCAUGCGGGAUUGAUGCAUCAAGACUUUCACAGUCCUAUAGAGGUACAAGAGCAUUGUUCCCCCAUUAGUAGAAGUUGGCUUCACUGAAUCACUACACUGAUGUUGGAACAUAGAGCACUUGUCAAAGGAUAACCCCAUUUGUGUCAUCUGAAAUUUUGAAGAGCUUGCUUCUCCUGUUCCCUCAUUCUUACGGAAAGCAGGAAACCAACUUCCUAUCCACAGCAUCUAAAGGAGGAGAUGUUUUUGCCUAUGAGAGUUCAUGUCAUGGUAUAUUUGUUAGGCUUCAAGGUGCCACUGGUUUGUCACUUUUGUUUUGGUGUAUUUUACAUUGCUCUUGUUCUGGAUACCCUUAGUUGUUGAUGCUGCUUUCUUUGUCUCAUUAACUUGUCAACCUCUCACAAACUCUGUUCUAAAGGCCACUUUAUACAGUUGUCAGAAUUCAGUAGUAAAGCUUUGCCUAGACUGUUCCACUGUAGAUGGUAAGGAUUGACAUUAAUUGCAUGUUUGAAUGUAUACUUAUGGAGCGGGAAAAAGCAUACUGAGAUGAAGACUAAAAGACCUUUCAAACUAUACAAUUAAAAUACUAUCAUUCCCCCUUAACUGCCAUUGUUCAAUCCACUAGAAUCUUGGGAUUUGCAUAAGGGGAACCAGAAAUCCAAGCCAGAGAACUCUAGUGUCCCAACAGACUAUAAACCCCAAGAUUACAGAGGAUGUAUCCAUAGCAUCUAAAGGGGACUAUAACUGUGUAGUGUGAAAGCGUCUUAGGCCAAACCUUUCUCCCUUAGACACCAGUUUUCUACAGAUGUAGUUCAUAAAAAGUUAAUUUCUCAUCUUGUCCUCCCCACUGCUACCUACGAUGCUCAAAAAGCCUCAGGGAGAAGGGUUUAUGAAUCAUGUGGGAAUGUGUGGCAGGUUGUUGGUGGGAACUGAAAAUUGGGCUCAGAAUGAAAUACAUAGAAAGCAUGUUUCCCGUGGUCUUUACAUACCCAUCUUGUAAUAUCCAGGAUCAAACCCAUUACUGCUUUUUGUAGAGGCUUUGUUGGGUCAUAGGUGGGUGCAGUCUGGGAGAGGAUAGGAUGAGAAAUGCUCUGUUUUCAAUCUUGUAAUUUGUCUUUGGCUUCAAGUCAGUGAGUUUGUUUUCACAGGGAACAUUCUAACACCUAAUUCCUCCAUCUACCACCCCAAGAGGUUUAGGCCAGGUCAUGCUUUAACAUUUCCUUUUGCCAUUUGUAGAUAAACAGACUCUCCAUUACAACUAAACACUUUGGGUGUCCACAGUUCAGCACAAGGAUUCCUUGUCUCCUUUAGUCUGGCCUUAAACCACUAGCAGCAAGACUGCUUCCCUCUUACAUCAGAAAAUAGUGCCUUACAAGGUAAUAAAAUUGUGUAGUGUACCUUCUUCUACAACUCUGGGUUGGAAGCAAACAAAAUAAGAAUAUGGAUGUCUUAAUAACCAGCUAUAGCUUUGUAAAUAAGUUGGAAUACAUGGCACGUGAACUAGAGUAUACCUGUCUCUAUAUCAAGUAAUGGUGCAGCCAAACUUAUUUUGUUACACGGUUCGACAAGGUAAAAUGGAGCAAUUGCCAGGUCUUUCUUUUCUCUCGCCUCCCUCUGCAGUUUGACUACUUCUGAUAACUCUUUAGUUUACAUGUGUAUUUUGUUUAUCAGGGAUUUUAAAUGGGAAUGGAGCAAGAUGUACAAUGGUCACAAUCUCAGUAAAAGACUCAGCAGCAAUAGGAUGUCACCCUUUGCAUGCUGUCCUUUGGCUAACUAGUUAGCUGGCGGGUGACAUCUGGAACGUCACAGCAGAAGCUUAGGUUGACAAAGGUUUAUCUGAUUUAGGGUGAGAUCUGUGGUCAGACUGUGAUGGUUAACCCCCUCAUGGAGAUAGAGCCAGUAGUUUGGGAAAGUUUUGGGGCUCCUUGCUUGACUUUCAGUAGUAGGCAUUAGUAGGCAAAUUGACUAUUGUACCAGGCAUCGUUCAUGAUCACUGAUCAUAUAAUUGCAAGAGCAAUUUCUCCCAGUCAGGCUAAACAAAUUAUUUCAGUUGUAAAAUAUAUAAUACGAACUCGCCCUUAAAUGUCUUGCUCUUGCUGAAACGUUGACCCUGUCCAUAAAAAAGGCAAUCUGCAUUAAAUGAUUUCAAAGAUUAUCCAAAAAAAUCAAUACAUUCUGGUACAACUACAGCUAUACAAUCAAACUGUAGUGUACUUUGAUACUUCUCAUGUUAAUUUAUUACAUUGCUUUGGGAAAUGGUUUUUAACUGGUUCUAGCCAUUUUGAUUUUCCUUUUCUAAAGACUGUUUUCCUGUUUACUCCCUUGAAAAAAAUUAAGAGCUGUUCACCCAUACAUACUGCAUCACUUGAUCACUCAGGUGGCAGAAUGUGACUGAGAUGUUUUCAGUUUUCAGGUGAUUUUAGUAUGCAUAAAUGAGUCAUCCAAUAUUCAUAGAGCCACCUAUUUAAAGUAAACAUGUUGUUCCAAAGACAGAAUUGAAGGAUCUGAUGUUAAAGACCUCUUUAAAACAUUUGACAAGUCACAUAUGAUGGGUGGAACAAUCCGUAAAGGCCACAGUUACAAACAUAUUCAGAAAUCAGUGGAGCCAGCCAGUUUUUUAGCUUCAGGUUUGUACUUUUCUUUUUAAAACUUUACACUGUCUAUUCAACUUUUACUAUUUUUUAAAUUGGGAGACAAAACCUAAAUCUGAUUACUACCAUCAGUAUGAUCUUUGGGUUAACUGACACAUUUCUCGUGCACCUAUUAAUUUCCUCACAAACUAAGAUCCAAUAGCAGACCAUUAAUACAUUUUGAUAUUUCUGAAUUAUCAAAUUUUGCUAAUUUUCAAUUUCACUUUUAAAAUCAUGUGUGAAAGCGCUUUUUACAUCCCUCUUUCCCCCUAGAUUUCUAAUUAAUACAGUUAUCUGGGAAGAUAACAUACCCAUUUUUAUUUUAUUUUUUUAUUUACAAAAGAGGAAAUCUGCUUCACCAAAACAUUUUCCAACUACUGUACCACUAAAAUUGUUCAGGGAACAAAGCAAAACAAAUAAGAACUUUAUAUAUGAGGAAACGGAAAGAUAACCCCCAGUGACAGAAUUGGUAGCUUUGUUUUUUUGUGACCUGCUGCUAUUUUUCCCAUGCUGAAGUAUUGAUUUUCAGCCCUGGAGUAAAGAGAAUAUUUAUACUGUAUUAUUACAGUAGGGUUUUUGCACUUUUCAGAGCUGUCCUAGCUAGCAACUUUGUCAAACACUAUGAAAGAGAUUGUAUAUCAGCUUUGUUAAUGUAUUUGAAAUUUACACAGGGAUGCUUUAAAUUUCAGAUAUAUAUCUGAAAUGCGAUUCUGAAACACUUUCUGUGUAUGCAUAUUUAAAAAGAAAAGCUUUUUCAUGAAUGUGCACUCCAGUGGUCCAUUGGUUCUAGUAUUUACUUGAAAAAGUGCCAUUUCCUCAUGUUGUUCUGUUACUUUUUUUCUUUUUCCUUUGGUUUGAUGCAUUCCUUCAACAUCUGUGUUUUUGUUAUUCGAAGAUGAAUUGCUACAUAUAAAGCUGUACCAUAAAGCAGGAUAUUCUGUGUUUGACUUGAUGUGCUUGCAUUAAUAAAACCGAAAUUGCUUCAACCAGG